AAAAAAAAAAAAAAAAAAAAACAUUUUCUUAAUUUUGUAAAUAAAAUGAAAAAAAAAAAAUAAAAAAAAAAAAUUAAGCAAUUCAGUGUUGAGUACACUAAAAAGAGUGGGGGGUGAUGGUGGAGCUACCCAAUCAGAUUCUCUCUCCUCACAAUUUUACGCCGUAUUUUAGAGAAUCUCUUUUCUGCUUCCGUCAAUUUCAUUUCUUCCCCAAUUUUUUAGGGUUUUCGUUUUUUCCUUCUUCCAAUCAAACCCUAAAAUUCUCUUUUCUUUAGUCCUAAUUUUUCCGCCGAUUUUUUGGGAACUGUGACGUUUCUUACAAUGUGGUUUACCAUCUCCAAUUUCACUCACUGAAGUUUGAUCUCAUCAUCAGUGUUGUUGUUGGGGUUUCUGUUAAAAAAAUAGAGGAGAGAGAAAGUUAUGGGAACCUGUGAAGAAAUCAGUUCAUCUAUUGAAAUCCAGAAUGAAAUUAAAUUAGGGAUUUCUCCAACUGGGACCCACUGGGAUGAACAAGUUACUGAGGAAGAGCUUCUUGCACAGCAGUUUGAGGGUGUAGUUUUGCAAGGUAAUGAGGUUGAUGUGAAGAUUGAAGGUGGAGAAAAUGAACAAGAUGAAGAAGAGGAGAAAUUACAUUUAUACCCUUUAAGGUCUUAUGCUGCUGAUUGCACCUUUUAUCUGAAGACGGGUACUUGCAAAUUUGGACAAAAUUGUAGAUUUAAUCACCCUCCCGAGAAGGGUUUUAAGGUUGCUCUGGACCAGGAGAAAGGAAUUGAGGAGAACAAUGGAACAUUUGUUGAUCCUGGGAAGAUUGAUUGCAAGUAUUUCCGGACACCAGGAGGAUGCAAAUAUGGAGAUGCUUGCAGAUAUAAUCACUCUGCACAGAAAGUUGAGAACGAAGGUCCAGAGCUUAAUUUUCUAGGUUUACCUGUUAGACCGUCGGAGCAAGAGUGCACCUUUUACUUGCGUACUGGCUCCUGUGGCUAUGGAGCUAAUUGCAGAUUCCAUCAUCCUGAUCCUAUUGCUUCGAAAGAAUCUGAGGCCAGAAGCUCCUUGGGUAAUGGUGUAUAUGCAAGAGGUAGCAACAAUUUUUCAGGAAUGUAUGUUGGUGAUCCAUUGCAAACUUCUGGGGUAGCACGGGGUAUCCCAGACUUGGCAAAUGGCCUAAGCUCAAUGAAUGGUUUGCCUUAUGCUGGAAUGAGCUCUUAUCACCAAGCAUUGCCUCAAAAUGCUCGUUGGAACCAAGAUCAGGCCCAGGUCAACCUUUCUCUGUCAGCAAAAAAGACUCCACUUCCGCAUCAAAUUGUAAACAACCUCUCGAAGAAAGCAGAUCCUACAACACAUUAUGAACACUUACUACAGUCGGAAGAGUUUCCUUUACGACCAGGGCAACCUGAUUGUGAUUUUUUCAUGAAAACUGGAGACUGCAAAUACAGAGCUGCUUGCAGGUAUAACCAUCCAAUAAGUCAGGACUCUAAGCUACGUCUGCCGCUGCUUUCCUCAAAAGGCCUCUACUCUAAAUCUAAAAACCCUGAGCUUCCUAAUUUAAAUCCUGGCAAUCCAAGGAAAAACGGAACAUCUCAUCAGCAGCAGCAAAUGCAGAAUGGACAGUACCCUGAACGGCCUGGACAGCCAGAGUGUGAAUUCUUCAUGAAAACUGGCAAUUGUAAAUUUAAAUCUGCGUGUAGAUACCACCAUCCAAGGGACCGAAUGUCUACAUCAUCUCCAUGUGCUCUCAAUGAGUCAGGCCUUCCUCUAAGACCUGGUAGCAAAGUUUGCCGGAACUAUGAGCUGCAAGGUACAUGCAAAUAUGGUCGAAAUUGUCUGUUUCAUCAUCCCGAUAACAGCUCACCAGCAAUUUCAGUUGCUCCAGUUCCUCCAGUUGAUCAAGAUCACAGCUCACCCAACCCUGAAGUUGCUACUAAUUUGGAAUCUCCAGCUGGUGACAAUGUCGAGUCAGAUUGGGGUGAUGGCUGGGUAAUGUGAUGUUCUCCAAUGAGCAAAACUUUGUUUUUUUGGCAACAUUGCUGGCAUCACUGUCAAGAAAGGAUGCCGUCUUCAGAUUUUGCAAAGUUGCACCUACAUACUUGUUAACUUGAGGAAUUUGACAACUUUUUGUGGUUGCUGAAUGCAUAGUUGCAUACCCCUAUCAGCAAACAAUUUAUUUAUAUAUACUGAUCCCAUCCAUACAGAUAACUGUUAAUCGAUGUUACAUGCUUUUAAGAUUUGCUGAAUCAGAGAAUAGAGGUGAAAAUACUUCAGUUUACUCA